AUGUCCCAAACUACUGUAAUUCUUGCCAUCUUGGCACUGAUAGUGGUUCUAUCAAAUGCUUCAAUUGCGACAGCUCUACUGAAGGUUGGCGACUCAUUUCUGAUCGAAGACGCCGUAGGCUCCUCGGCUCUCAAACGAACCGUCGCCGCUGGCAAUCAGAUAAUGUCGUUCGGAAGAGGGAGAAAUCGUGGAAAAUGGCCAAUGAUCAUAAUAAUAAUGGAGAAAUGGGAUACGCGCCGCCAAUUCUCAUCAUUCAAGUGCAAAAUUAAUGAUAAUUAUCGAUUUUUUGAGGGAAAAAACAAUAAAUUAAUAAAUAAUUGA